ACGAGUCAUACCAAGCAUAGCCUGCAUGUCAGUGCAGUUAACUUGCAGCGGGCUGUGAGCAGAACUAGUGUGUCUUUGUCCUAGGAAAUUUCCCUCGUUUCUCUUUUCUUUUUUUUUUUGACUCCGUGGGUUGUUUUGGUUUUUUUGGUUGUUUUGGUUUUUUUGGUUUUUGUUUUUGUUUGUUUUUCGUUUUUUAAUUGGAAAAAGACUUGAAAAGUUUUUAGACAGUCUUCUUUGUGUUGAAGGACCCAGUGUACUUUAGUUUUCAUAAGUUUGGAAGGGAGAGCGUGUGUGUUUUAAUCCCUCCGACUCUCCUUUAACACACUUUGUUUUGAUUAGCUGAAGGCUGGGCCUGCUGAAGUUUAGGAAGCCGGGAGCGUCCUCGGCACCAUUUGCCCGGCCCUCUUCUCCCUGAACCUGGGCGACAGCAAACGAGCUGGUCUUUUUUGCUAGCCCGAUAAAUGCUAUUUAUGAAGAUGGACCUGUUGAACUACCAAUACUUGGACAAGAUGAACAACAAUAUUGGCAUUCUGUGCUACGAAGGUGAAGCAGCUCUAAGAGGUGAGCCCAGAAUGCAGUCUCUUCCAGUAUCCUCUGCUCUAACCAACCAUCGAACAGGCCCUCCUCCUAUCAGUCCCAACAAGCGAAAGCUCAGCAUGGACCAAGGGGAUGAUGAGCUAGACUGUGAAAAUGACCAUGUUUCUAAAAUGAGUCGAAUGUUCAAUCCGCAUCUAAACAAGACUGCCAAUGGAGAUUAUCGGAAGGAGCACAGAGAGAGGAGUCGCAGCCCAAUAGAGAGGGCUGCUGCCCCAACAAUGAACCUUCAUGCCAAUCACAUGUAUGCCUCAAUCCCAAGCUUGACCAUGGAUCAACCUCUAGCACUGACCAAAAACAGCAUGGAUGCAACCCGCACAGUUGGCAUCACACCUACACUGACUUCUGUGGAACGGCAGCAGAACCGUCCAUCCGUAAUCACCUGUGCUUCUGCGAACAACCGGAACUGUAACCUCUCUCAUUGCCCCAUUGCUCACAGUGGCUGCGGUUCAGCCAUGCCUGCCUACAGAAGACCCUCUAGCACUACCACUGCCUGUGACCCAGUGGUGGAAGAGCACUUCCGCCGAAGCCUUGGCAAGAAUUACAAGGAGCCUGAGCCAGUGGCAAACUCUGUGUCCAUCACAGGAUCAGUUGAUGACCACUUUGCCAAAGCACUUGGGGAUACAUGGCUUCAGAUUAAAGCUGCGAAGGACGGAGUCUCUAGCAGUCCUGAGUCUGCUUCACGGCGGGGCCAGUCUUCCCCUUCCUCUCACAUGGUCAAUCAUAAUCACUCGCCCUCUGUAGUCUCAUGAAGGGAGGACCGUUACGUUUGUGAAUUUGCAUGGUUUGACUGAGCUUUGAACAGUGCUUAAAAUAGUGUUGGGGGAGGGGAGAUUAGUUUUCAACACAUGGGUUUGUGUACUCACUUUUUAUUUGUAAAAGGGUGCCCUUAAAGACGAUAGCAGGAACUAUUUCAUAAAGAUUCAUAUGAUGUAGCAUCCUUUUUUCCUGCCUCAAUUACCAAAGAAACCUCUGAUGCAAAUCUGCUGCCCCUUAAAAAAAAAAAAAAAAAAAAAAAAAAGCACGCUAAUCCACAAAAGCCAUUACACUUAGUUGGUUGACCCAAAUGCUUUUGCUUUUAUUAGCUUCUUGAGACUAGAAUUUGUCUGGUUUGCUUACAUUGCCUUUUAUUUUUUUUUUUUCCCUCUGUGAAGUAAUUUUGUAUGUAUAUACUUGAAAAGAACUGUCAUGUAUGAUUUGCACUAUUGGAGGAGGACUGAAGUUGCAUAGCAACUUUCUGGAAGAUGCUAAUAUUUUGAGGGCAAACUGCUGAAAAAAGGGUUUAAGGAUGACAUUUCUAUCAGUUUGAUUUUUCUUAAAGCAAAACAGCUUUGGAAGGGGAAGUCUCAUACAGGUUAUAGGUCUUUCUCUCUUUAGAUUUCAGGUGCUUAGUGCUUGCAACUGGACUGCAUAAUUUACAGAACACGGGCAUUUUUUCCUAAACACUGCAGUUUGUUAGAAUAGAGCUGAAGUUGGAGGGUUCCAUAGUGCUUAACGAUGCAUGUUUUAUGAAAAAUAGCUGGUAUCUAUUAAUGUAUAGACAGUAAGAAUCAUAAUACUUAUUAGCUUUUCUUCAGAAUUAGUUUAUUUUUGUCAGUAACAAUCCUAGAUAUACUUACUGCUGGUACAGUUGUACUCUAUGAUAUUUGUAUUUGAUAUUCACUUUAGUAGCAGCCAGCAAAAGAGGACAGCCUCAGGACAGGCCUCAAAUGACGCAGUUUAGAGAUAUACGAUGCGUGGUACAGGAUGCUAUAGCUUUGCGCAUGACUGAGUAAUUGUUUCUGUCUGCAGCACUGUCUGCUUAACAGGAAUUUGCUUCCUAAAACUAAGUCUGUGUAAUCCACCUUUAACUAGCUGCAGAAACUGCUACUGUUACGUAUCUUGGCUGGACAACAGAUUGUUACAGUUUGUGAAAUAUGACCUUUAAUUUUUUUUAAGCUUAUUCAUAAGCCUAUGCCAAGUUGCAGCAUACAUUCCUCCAUUAGAAAACUUUAUACAGGUAUUACUGCAUUUAUUAUCACUUGCUAUAUUAAUAGCUACUAACUAGAAAUUAGGCAAUAGAGGCAGGCAUAAAACCACAGCUGUGCUAGUACUAAGAGCUUCUCUUCUUCUUGUUAAGUGUAACUACUCUCCCCCAUACAUUCCGUCUUCCCAGUACAGUUGCAACUAGGGCUUUUUUUUUAUACUGGGUUACCUGAAAUGAUUGGUUCAGUGUAGAAGGUAGAACUAGUUGGAAGAUGAACUAUACGUGAUGUAUUCUGGACUAUGUUACAGUAUUGGGUCCAUUGUGGCUUUUAUUUUAUGUUUGUUUUUUUUUAAAAGUUAAGCUAUUUAAUUUGGAAAAGGUGCAGGGUAGAAAGAGAUUGGGAGAUUGGCUCUUACUCCUGUUGAGAAGGUGGCUGCUCAAUUUUCUUCAAAAAAAAAUUAAAAAAAAAAAA